AUGGAGGGCGCAUCCCGGCAAACGUCACGGCUACUCCGGCCUCGUGGCCAGAAACUCCUUCCCCAACGUCUCACACGAACCUCCACAGUCACCGCCACACCAUUCACCCAGAUUCAACGACGGACAUUGUCGAAUUCUCCUCAGUCUCUUGCCCCAGAGUCUCUUUUCAACAGCUUCAAAAAUGGCGGCUCAUACAACGAGGGACCCACUAGCUAUUUCUCCAACCGACAAACCCUCCCCGCGAACACCGUUGUGCGGUUCGUCCCACAACAGACAGCAUGGAUCGUCGAGCGCAUGGGAAAGUUUGACCGUAUCCUAGAACCCGGUCUUGCGAUCCUUGUGCCAUUCCUAGACCGAAUUGCCUACGUGAAGAGCUUGAAGGAGGCGGCUAUUGAGAUCCCCAGCCAGAACGCCAUUACGGCGGAUAAUGUCACCCUGGAGCUGGAUGGUGUGCUAUAUACGCGUGUUUUCGAUGCGUACAAGGCAAGCUACGGAGUCGAGGACGCAGAAUACGCUAUUUCCCAACUCGCGCAGACGACUAUGCGUUCUGAAAUUGGUCAGUUGACCCUCGAUCACGUUCUUAAGGAACGCGCCAAUCUCAAUACAAACAUCACCAAAGCUAUCAACGAGGCCGCUCAGGAAUGGGGUGUCGUCUGUCUCCGAUAUGAGAUUAGGGAUAUCCACGCGCCCGAGGCCGUCGUUGCUGCCAUGCACCGCCAGGUUACUGCUGAGCGCUCCAAGCGAGCUGAGAUCCUCGAGUCUGAAGGUCAACGUCAGAGUGCGAUCAACAUUGCCGAGGGUCGCAAGCAGUCUGUUAUUUUGGCUUCUGAGGCUCUGCGCUCUGAGAAGGUCAACCACGCUUCCGGUGAAGCCGAGGCUAUCAAGCUUAAGGCCGAGGCUACCGCGCUCGGUAUUGACGCUGUUGCUAGGGCCAUCGAGGAGGGUGGCGAUAAUGCUCACAACGCUAUUAGCCUUAGCGUCGCGGAGAAGUACGUUUCAGCUUGGUCGAACCUGGCACGCGAGGGCACAGCUGUUGUUGUUCCUGGCAAUGUUGGAGAUAUGGGUGGCAUGAUCGCCAAUGCCAUGGCUGUUUAUGGCAAAGUCAGCGAGACACAGGCUCGGGGCUUGGCAAAGAAGUCUCUUGGGAUCGAAAACAACUCUCAAUCAUCGGAGAAAUCGGAAAACAGCCAGGUGCCGACUUUUUUUGAGGAACAGGCUGAGCAGAACACCGCCUCGAAGACUGCGCAGGAGGGAUUUGAAGUGGCCGCCAACGAGCACAAGAAAUAG